AUGAUACCAAAAUUACUACUAUUUUCUUUUUUUCUCCUUAUUCCAGGAAAUUUUGCGUCAAAGUGAGUUCUUAUUUUCAAAAAUAAAAAAUUAAUUAACUAGAAGUGAAUGUUUGCAGUGCGACUAUAAAAUUUGUGAAUAAUUCGAUAUUGGUGGAAGGUGAUGUUGAUAGAUAUAUUGCUUUUAGAACUAGUGGAAGUGGCAGGAUUUUUGUGAAUGAUUUUGAUAUUACUGAUAUUCCAUCGGAGGUAAGAAUGAGGUCUGGAGGAGUACUGUAGAAUACUGUAGGUACUGUAGCAAUGGAAACAGUACUCUCAAAAAAUCUGAAAAAUCCCACUCUUCUGAAUCUGUUAACUUUUUUAUCACCUCAAGAGUACUGUAGAAAUAUUUUAAAAAAUUUUUAGAAUAAUUUUGUUUCAUAAAGUUUCAGCACCAUUAUUCUCACUCACAAGGAAGAGCGCAAAAUGUUUCACAAAAAAAGAACACUCAAAAAAGGGAGAGCACAGACAUGAAGAAAGGUGGACAGGGUCUAGUUGUCUGCAUGUCUGCGCUCUCCUCUUUAUGUGUGUUCUUUUUUCAAUCUUGGGCGAACAUAUUUUGCGCGCUUCCUUUUUUUUUGAAUGUGAUGAAAUUCUUUUCUCAAUUUUCUUUUUGCUAUUUUCAGAAACUAUUAAAUCCAAAUUUUCAGGCUGAAUAUCAGAAAUUUAUUGAAAAUCUACACGAUGUUCAAAAAACUAUUGAAAGAACAACAAAACUUCGAAUCGAUUCUCAAAAACAAAACGACGAAAUCAAAGAUAAUAUGGAAAGAAUCAAAAAACAUGUGAGUAGAAUAUUCCUGAAAAAUUCAAACGUUGCAUAAUUUUUUUCAGAGUUUGGAUCAAGUUGAAAAAUUGAAACUUUAUGAAACUUGGAAAAAUAGUCAACUUGAAGAUGGUAAACAUCGGAAGGAGCAAUUGGAAAGUUUCAAUGAGCAGAUAGAGUAGGAGAAAAAAUCAAAAGCAAAUCUGAAAAUUCAGAAUAAUGUUUUUAGAUCAAUCAUGAAAAAUUUGGAGAAAGAUCUAUGUGAAGAAGAACAUCCGUGUAGAAAUGGGGGAACUUGUAUUUCACAAUAUCAGGAUUAUUUUUGUAUUUGUCCAGAUGGUUAUGAAGGAAAAGAUUGUCGGAAAGAUGUUGAUGAAUGUGAAGUUUUGGUAAAUCGAUGUUCGAAUAAUGGAACUUGUAGAAAUUUGAUCGGAACUUUCGAGUGAGUUGGGGAACUUCAGGCCCUGAAGUUCAGGGCCUCAAUAAUCAAAAAAUCUUGUUCCAGAUGCAAAUGCCAAAAAGGUUUCUACGGACCUUCUUGUGAUUUGAUCAGCCCAAUUUGUCAAUCAGAAGACAGUGAAUUAUGUGGAGAACAUGGAAAAUGUAUUGAAGAUCUUUCAGCACAUUUGAAAUAUAAUUGUAUUUGUGACACUGGUUAUAAACCAUCUACAGAUAUUGAAAAUACUUAUUGUGUGGAUAUUGAUGAAUGUUCUACAAAUCCAUGUCAUCCUGGAAUUCGAUGUUUGAAUUUGCCCGGAUCUUUUGAAUGUUUGGGUUGUCCGAUUGGAUUUGAGAGUGGGUUUUUGAGGUUUUCGAAUUCAAUAGAUCAGCUAAACCUUCUUCCAGAAAUCGGAAAUUCAUGUGUGGACAUCAAUGAAUGUGAUCACCCAAAUAUUUGCGACAAACAAACAAAAUGUAUAAAUUUACAAGGAUCUUAUAAAUGCACAGAUUGUCCAGCUGGAUUUUCAGGAGAUGGAAAAACUGGAUGUAUUGAAAAUCCAGAUAAAUGUGCAUCAAAUCCAUGUUCAAAAAUGCAAGAAUGUUAUGAUACAUUAGAUGAUAAGCUAGGAUUUACCUGUUCUUGUCCAGAUGGUUAUGCUGGAGAUUAUUAUCAAGAAUGUGUGAAGAUUGAAGAGAAUCCUUGCCAAAAUAAACCGUGUACUGUUUUUGGUAAAUGUAAGGCUAUAAACUCCACAGACUAUCAAUGUAUUUGUUUUGGCGGUAUUUCUGGAAAACAUUGUGAAAUUGUGAGUGAACAAAUUUUCGAAAGUGUUUUCAAAAUAAUCCUUUUUUCCAGAUUGAUGAUUGUUCAGAUCAGUGUCAAAAUAAAGCAGUUUGUAAACAUAAUACAGACGGAAAAUAUUAUUGUGCUUGCCCAAAGGGUUUCUAUGGAGAAUAUUGUGAGAAACAAGAAGAAGAUUGUGAUCAACAUUUGACUGAUUCUAGCGGGAUUCUGAAUUUUGAAUAUACUUCAAACAUUUUUUGCAAAUUUCAUUUUGAUAUCACUUUUGCAUCUGACAAAGCUCUUCAAAUUACUUUUACUGAUUUUGAUGAUUUUAAUCCGUACCCCAAUGGACCAACAAAUUGCUCAACAACUCCUGCAAAACUUGAGGUAACUCUCAUUUCAACUUCUAAACUUCUGAUUUGAUUUUUAAUUUCAGCUUUUCGAUGGCCCUGGAAUAAAUUAUCAUCGUUUCGCAACAUUUUGCGGAAAUCGAAAUGACAUUUUUGUAAGUCUCCAGAUUUUUUUCUCGAUUUCAGAAAAAAAACCAUAAGAUUUUUUUCAGAGCCCUCGAAUUAAUGAGCCAAUAGUUUUUUCAACUAACACUGCGUUUAUGGUUUUUAAAGGGACAACUGGGAUGUUUGAGAUGAAAUGGGAGGUUGUGAUGAAAAGUGAGUUUCAGCUGGAGUUAGCUUAUCUCCAAUGUUUUUCUUUAGAAUGUGGAUAUCGAACAACAAAAGAAGGAAUGAUAAAGAUCCCAGCUUCGGAAGAAAUAAUUGCUUGUGAAUGGUUUAUAACUGCGCCAUUUUCAAAGAUUAUUCAACUUGAAAUUCCAAAUAUCAAAUUGCCAAACCCGGAUGAUGACUGUAGCAAUGAACUUGCUGUUUAUGAUUGGUAUACAAUCCGACAAACCUCUAGAAUAUCUAGUAUUUGUCAAUCUACCCAAUCUCCAGAUAUUAUCAAAUCAACUGGGCCAUUUCUAACAAUCACUUUGAAUAUUGGACAAUUUUUGAAAAAUGGAUUUAUUUUGAAUUAUAAAUUUGUGGAUGCUGAAAAUGGAUGUUCAAUAAAAUAUGAAAAUAAGGAGAAAAAUGUGAAUUGGAAAAAUAAAAUAACAUCGCCACAUUUUGGCGGGAAAUAUCCUGCGGGUUCCGAAUGCACUUAUCAAAUUGAUACUGGUUUUGAAAAUCAUCUGAAAAUCAGGUUGAAAUUCAACACCUUCAAUCUGUUGUCUGGUGAUAAAUUGGAGAUUUGUGAAGGUGGCGGUGAAGAUUGUACAACAUAUGAUGAAAAUAUGAUUCUAAAUUCAAAUGAAGAAAAGAUUUAUGAGAACUCAGUUUUGACUUUGAAAUUCACUAGUGAUUAUAAGGAUGAAGGAUUGGGAUUUGAUAUUGAUUUUGAAUCGAUUUGUGAACAUCGAUUCAGGGGAAAUGGAACUUUCAAGACUUUCAAUUAUUUGAGACCAGAUUGGAUUGGAAAUUGUAGUUAUUUUGUUGAAGCAGAGGAUCAUGAACAUGUCGUGUUAACGUAAGUUGUUUUUUCUUAGGGCUUUCGGAGGCUUUUGAAGGCUUUAGAAGGCUUGGGAAGGCUUUAGAAGGCUCCAAAGGGCUUCAGAAGACUUCAGAAGACUUUAGAAGGCUUUAAAAGGCUCCAAAGGGCUUCAAAAGGCUGCAGAAGGUUCAAAACGGAUUUUGAAGGCUUUUGAAAUCUUCAGAAGGCUUUUGAAAUCUUCAGAAGGCUUUUGGAGACUUCAAAAGAUAACUCACCCUAACUUACCCCAAUUUCCAAAUUUUACAGCUUCCAAGAUGCCAAAAACCAUUGUAAUUACUAUGACCUUUUCACACUAACUUCAUUGCUUGGAAAAAACGCACAGCCUAUUCUUUGCCCAAUUCCUGGCUCUUCAAAAAUCUCAACAGGCAGUGUUUUGCUAAAUGCAAAAAUGAGAAGGCCUAAUUCACAGGCUUUUCAUAUAAUUUAUAAAACUAUUGAUAUGGGUGAGAUUUUUUCUGAUUUUUUUAAAAAAUCAUCGCAUCGAUUUCUAUGAAUUGCAGGCUGUGGUGGGAAUUUCACCAGUACCUCUGGUAUUUUAACAUCACCAAAUUGGCCAAAUCGAAUUCCUGACACUUCAACAUGUAUCUACCGUAUUCAAACACAUAAUUCCACUGUUAUCAAGCUCAUUUUCGAUCAAUUUGACAUCCAAGAUUCGCAUUCACUUUGUCGAACCCAUUAUUUGGAAAUCUUUGAUGGAGACAGUGAAAAAAGUGCAUCUCUCGGAACAUUUUGUGGAAAAAGGGUUCCGGAAAUUGUGAGCACUUCGAAUAAUUUGUAUAUGAUUUUGAAAACCAGUGAGAGAUAUUGGGAUAUGAACAUUGCUCGUGGAUUUAACGCAACUUAUGAAUCUAUAAGCCAUGUUGGACUUUGUAAUCGCACCUUCCUUUCAACUUCUGGGAAUAUUGUUCUUGAUGAAAAUGAUGGAUUUGGCACCGAAGAAUGUUUGAUUAAUAUACAUGUCCCUGAUCAAUAUACAAUUCAAUUGACUUCGAAUAUCUUGAAUAUCCCCUGUGAAACUUCAUCCCUUGACAUCUACAAUGGGGAAACUAAAGAUUCUCCAAAGAUCUAUAAUCAAUACAAAAAUUGUGGAAUCCUCAAAUUCAAACCAAUUCAAUCACAUUCAAAUCGUUUACUUCUAGUGGUGAAAUCUACUGAACCUGGAACAAUUUUCAAUAUCAGUUAUGAAAUUGCGGAUAAUAAAUGUCAUGGGAAUAUUAUUGAUGGAUGGAAGGGUCAUGUUCAAAGUCCACAAUAUCCAAUCGCUGAUCAACGAACUUAUAAUUGUGAAUAUAUUAUUAGAGGUCCACCUGGGACUAGGGUAAAGCUUUGGGUUAAAGAUUAUCCUGUGGAAAAAGGUCCUUAUGGAGAGGAUAUUUGUGAAGAGGUGCAUGAUUGGAAUUCUUUGAUUGUAAGUUGAGGCUGAUAAUUCAUAAAAUUAAAAUACCUUUCAAAAAAAAUUCAGAUAUUUGAUGGAUCAGAAUUCAACAAAAACAAAAUCACAAGAAUCUGCGCUGGUCACAACAAUGCCUCAAAUCCAAUCAUCUCUCAAACCAAUAUUUUAUCGAUUAAUUAUCUCCGUAUUCUAUCCGAUGAAUCAAUCGGAUUCAGCGCAGAGUUCGAAGUUUUUUGUGAAGAUGUUUUGGUGACUGAAUUCUCUGGACAUAUUCAAACACCUGGAUAUCCUGAAGGUUCUUCUGAAUAUUUUUAUUGUAGUUGGUUCAUCAGAGCUCCGGCUGGAAAUCGGAUUAUUGUGAAGUUCGAGGAUUUUGUUAUUGAACAGGAUCUGGAUGCUUAUAGUAUUACGUGGCAUAGUCAACUUAGGGUAAGUUAAUUUUCAGAGAGACUAUCACCCAAAACAUUUGCAGAUCAAAGAGCAAGAGCUUGGCUCUGUUCUAAUCAAAGCUCAAGACAAAAUCCAAAAUUCCACGGAAACCUACGUCUACAUGCAUGAUGAUAUUCCUACAGUACUCCAUUCAAAACACAAUAAUCUCACAUUCGAAUUAUAUUCCGUGUAUAGAAUCACCAACAAAAUUCACAUGUGGUAUGAAAUGAUUGGCUGUGUUGGAAAUAUCAAUCACCCACAAACACUCAAAAUAAAUUUGAAAACAAUUGAUCCGGAAGUUGAACGAUUCGAGUGUCGAUAUAAAAUCAAAGCUCCGAUUGGCAAGAAAAUUCAAUUGAAUAUUGAGAAAUUCACAUUCGCAAAAUCAAUGACGUCAUGUGAAUGGAAAGCGAAUGAGACUUUUGAUGGGAUUGCCUUGUUUAUGGGAGAUUCUAUUGAUCAAAAUGGCGCCCAAAAAUCGAUAUGUUUGAGUUACGAUUCGGUGAAAUUUGAAACUCAUACGAAUGAAUUGUAUAUUUUGAUAUCGGCGUUGAAAAAAGAUAUUGGAAAUAAGGAUGAGGACUUUUUUGAAGCUCAUGUUGAUUUUGUUGAUGGGAAAGAUGAUCAAACUUGUGGAGCUGAUAUUCAACGUGAGUUUAAAAAAAACAUUGCUCAUAUUAGCUUCCCUUUUUCCAGUUGAUGACAAUGAAAUCACAUUGAAAAGUCCAAAUUAUCCAAAACCAAUCGCAACUGGAUCACCACGUAGCUGCACAUGGAAACUAACAGUUCAAACCGGUUACCACAUCGAAUACACACUUCAAUAUUAUUUCUCAGGAAUGUCCGAUUUGGAAUGCAGACAAACUCGAUUUGCAAGAUUGGAUUUCUAUGAAGUGAUUCAAGAUGAACCAAAUUCAGUUAAAGAAUUUUGUGCGAAUCUUGAGAAACCUGAAACUUUCCAAGUUUUUUCUAAUACAUCUAUUGUUAAAUAUAGUGAACAUCCAGGUUUGCAACAUGAAUAUUUGGAAAUUAAACAUGAUGUGAGUUAUUUUAUUGAUUUUUAGGUCUGUAUAGAGAUUCUGAUCCACUUAUUGAUUUUUCCCAUAGAUUGGCUUCAUUUUGAAAGCUCGUGCUGUUUGUGGAGCCGUUUUAUAUGCAACAAAUACGACUGAAAGAACAUAUCUAAGUCUGGUAAAGAAAUCCAAUUGCACAAUGAAGUUUAGAAAAUCACAUCCAGGUAAGCUCUCUGGCUCUCUAGCCUCUCUAGCCUCUCUAACAUCUCUAGAUCUCUAGCCUCUCUAGCUCUCUAGACUCUCUUUUUUCAGACGCCAGAAACAUCAACAUCCAAAUCCGAAGUUUCAUCCGAUUCGGUCACAUUUCUCCAGGAGAAGAUCAACUCAUAAUCUACGCUGAUAAUCAAUACAUUGAAACACUUACAGUCAAUCCAGAAUCGGAAAAAUUCUAUCGAGCUGAACAGGAAAUUCGAGUCGAUAUCAUACAUGAAGCUGAAGAUAAGAAAUAUAUUUCAAUUGAUUAUAGUUUAGGAGAUAUUGGUGAGUUAGAGGAACUCAAGUACAUAUGUAAGGAAUGAAAUUUUAUUCAGCAUGUGGAGGAUAUCGAAUGGAACAAUCUGGAGUUCUUCGAGCUCCACCACAAAAUUAUUUGGGGAUAGACAAGGAUUUCGAUUGUCAAUGGGUUUUACAUGGAUAUGGAAGAUCUAAAGUUUCAGUUUCUGUUGAGUGAGUGAUUCAUGAGUUAUUGUAAGUCCAAGAUGUUCUUUUUAGAACUCACAAUUUACCAUUCACCGCCUUCUGUCCCUCUUCAUUUAUUGAAAUUCGAGAUGGUUACGGAAAAUUAUUAUCUCAUCAAUGUGACCCGGAAAAUGUCAACAAGACAACAUUUACAUCGGAAUCUUUAUAUGUUCGAGUCAAAUAUCGUCAACUAAAAGAUCGUGUUGAUGGAGACAUCGAUUUUAAGAUCAAUUUUGUUAAGAAAAAUGAUGUGGAUUAUAAAAAUCGGGAUAUUGAAGAUGGUUAUUUGUUGAAUCCAAUUGAUAAUUAUAAUGUUGACGCUGGGGAGAAUACGGUAAUUUUUUCUCGUGAAAAAAUUAUGAAACUAGAAAAAAUUCCAGACCUCAAUCAAAUUCAAUGCAAAAAACAUCCAUCUUUCUCCAAAAUCCCACAUCAAAAUUUCCGAAGUUUCGGACAAUGAUGAAGUUUUGGAAGAAGAUGCCAAAUUUAUUACACAAGAUGAAGAAUUCAUCAAAGAAUUUUCGAAAUUUAAUGUUGAUGAACAUGUGGAAUAUCACGAUAGAUUCUUGAUUCACUGGGAUCCUUUGAUUGAUGGAAAAAAUCCUGAAACUGAUUAUGAAUGUGGAGAAAUUUUAAAAGCAAAUUGGUCAUUAGAACAUCUUGUAUAUUCUCGAGAUGAAGAUGAUCAGAAUGGUGUUGUGAAGCAUUGUAGAUAUCGAAUUGAUCCUGAAGAAUUUUCCACACUUGAUGUCAAUUUUGAAUUUUCGAAUUAUGGCGACGAUUCCGGUAUUCGAAAUUAUGUUGUUAUAACUGACCAAGAUAUGUGAGUUUUUUGGGUGAAUUUAUCUAGAAAAUGAAAAUUUCCAGCCCAAAAAACAAAUUCAAAGAAUCUGAAAUCAAAAAAAUUCGCUAUCCCAGCGAUUUGAAUGGCACUUUUUCAAGAAACACACCAAUUUAUAUUCAUUUUGUAACGGGUAGUGAUGCUUAUUUUAUUCUGAGUUACAAAUUGAGUGAGAAUUUUAUUUUUAUUUUUAGGAUCCGCAUAUUUUUCUCUCACUACAGGUUGCCUCUCUGAAAAUGAAAAUGUCUAUAAAUUCACACAUCGCCAUUAUGAACUCUCAAAUCCCCCGAAGGAAAUCGAAAAAUGUCGAUGGAUUAUUGAAACACCUUCAAAUCGCCCGAUUAUUGCGGAUGUUCGGGAAAUUGAUCUUGUUGAAAAAUCUCCAUGUGCUUCGGAUAAUUAUCUGAAAUUGGUGAGUUUCCGGGGCUUUUUUUCUGAAAAAAAUUUAUUUUUUUGCAGUCUUCUACUCUGCUCUCAACUGGAGCAAGAUGUGGCUCCAAAUUAUUUAAUUAUACCACUUCUGGAAAUCGGCUCGUAAUUGAAUACACCGCAAAAUCCACCGAAGCUAAAAGAUCCUUUAAAAUUCAAUUAUCCGAAAAACAAAAUGAUUGCUCAUCUGAACCAAUUCGACUAACCGAACUCUCCCCCAAUGAAACAAUUCACUCUCCAAAUUUCCCUGGAAAAAUUCCAAUUUCAAGCUUAUGUGAUUACAUCAUUGAAGUCCCACAUCAUCAUCGAGUUAUGCUAACUUUCACCGCUGAAUUAUUCCAUAUUUCGGAUUCAUCUGGGAAAUUCAAUAAAUCUGAAGAUUUCAUUGAAGUUCGUGAUGGUCCAACAGAAACAUCGCAUUUUAUUGGAAGAUAUCAGGGAAAUCAAGCACCGUCUUCGGUUUUUUCAACAACUAAUGUGAUGUUUAUUCGAUUGAGGACGAAUUCAGAAAAUGGCAAGGAAUUAUUGGGAUUUGAAGCGAGAGUUGAAAUUGCUAAAUGUGGAGGAACACAUCAUAUUCAUCAUAAAAAUGAUGUUUUUGUUUUAAGUCAGAAAGCUACAGAAAUUCUGACUAUGGAUUGCAAAUGGGUUAUUAAAGUUCCAAAUUCACACAUGUUGGAAUUCAGGUUGGUUUUUUUCAGAAAAUUUUUAAUUUUUCCAAGACUUCCUUUUUCAGAAUCCGUAAAUCCGAAAUUCCUCUUGGCUCCAAAAAUUGUGGCUCACAAGUGUUCAACAUCGAAGAUGUUACUGAAUCCAAUAAAACUGUAUUUUUCGAAAAAGAUUGUCAAAAAGUUCCGGAAACUCAUUGGCAAAGAAGUUCAUCAUCUGAAAUUUUUGUCAAUUAUUGGAAAAAUGUAUGUUUUUUUCCUGGCUGGAAUUUUUUUUUUUAAUUUAUGCAAUUUUUUUCCAGAGCUUCGACUCUUUGAGCCACUCGGAAUUAUUCAAAAUUGAAUUCAAAAUGAGUGAAACUUGUGAGUUCCGAAAGCUCUUUCUUAAAAAGUAAAAAAUAUUUUCGCAGCUUGUGGCAGUGAUUUGAUCACUGAUCAAAAGGGAAUUCUAAAACUCCCACAAAAAUCCGGAAAAAUUCUUCAGAAAUUACACUGUGUUUGGAAUUUUAAAACUGAACCGGGAUUGGUGUAUAUUUUCAGUUUGAAAUUUGAAAAUCAAGAUAAUUUUUAUGCGAAACGAGAGGAUGGAGAGGAAUAUUUUCCGGAUUUGAAGGUAAGGAUUUUGAAUUUGGAAAACCUAUUUCAAAAAAAAAAAUCUUCAAUAUUUCAGCUCGUAAAUCCUUUCACCACAAACUACACCUCAACAUUUUUCACCAAAAAAUAUUCUACAUAUAAACCCGCCCUAAUCGAGCAAUCAAAACUGAUUUAUGAUAACUUGGAAAAUUUCCAUAGAAAUAGUUUGAAAUCUGAGAAAGGCCUUGAACCAUUUACAAUUGAAUAUCAAUAUGUUCCUGCUGAUUUAGUUGGAAAUGAUGAUUGCACAAGAACUAUCAUGCGAAGUUCAAAGUUGGAUAUUGGAAGUGACAUUUUCUUUAACGGUUAGUUCAGCUUUUCAGCACAAAAAUCUAAUAAAUAUUUCCAGAGUUAUGCCAUUUGAGAAUCAAAAAACCAGAAGGCUUCAACUCUAUCAGCAUCAAAAUCCAAAAUUUCUCCGGGAGCGAAAACAUCACUAUUAAAGGUAUCUGAAUGUUAUCUUAAUUCAAAAAAAAAAAAUAAUCCAGAAAUUUUCAGCCGCUGCUCCUUUCCCAUAUGACAAAACUUUUGCUGGUGGAACAAGCCAAAAUCGAGAAAUUGAUUUGAUUUUCAAUAAUCAAGUAAUCUAUAUUUAUCUUAUUCAUAUUCUACCCAAGGCAUCUUACAAUUAUUCAAUAAGUAUAGAAUUUUAUGAAUGUGGAGGUGUUAUAACUGAACCGAAUUUUGGGAAUAUCACAAAUCCCGAGAAUUCAAAUAACACAAGAUGUCGCUGGGUUAUUGAGGCGCCAGAAAAUCAACGUAUCAAACUUGAUAUGAUUCAUUGGAGAAAUGAGGACGAAAGUUGUGAACGUCAAAAAUUGGAGAUCAGCGAAGGAAAACAAUAUAAACCAGCACCAAUUCAUACAUAUUGUCAAUAUUUGUCUGAUAAAAAAAAUGUGGAUGAUAAUGAGAAAGAACUUCGGUUAACUCAAUCGAAAAGUCGGUAUUUGACUAUUAUUUGGAGAAGCAGAUCAGUACGAAAAUCCUAUUGGACAUUGUCUUAUGAAUUUUUUGAUGCUGGAUUUGGAAAUGCUUGCGGUUUUCAUAGCCAUGAUUCGAGGGGAGUUAUAACAUUUCCAACAAACCAAAAAGAAUAUUCAAAUGAUCUAAAUUGUCGGUGGGAUAUCCAAGUUCCUCGCGGUUUUCAUAUCAAAUUUUCUGUGCAAUAUUUCCAUGUUGAAAAUUCUACAGAUUGUGAAAAAGAUGGAUUAAUUAUUCACGAUGUUUUGAUGGAUGAAAGAAAUUAUCGAAGUCUUGGAAUUAUUAUGGAACGAAAAAAAUUGUGCGGUAAAAUUGAUCCGAUUAGUUAUGAUUUUGGAAAUCGUGUCGCUCUUGAUUUCUAUUCGGAUUCGGAACAUACAGAUUCAGGAUUUCAAAUCAAAUGGGAAGCUGUUUGUGGAGAAAUUCUAACAGAAAAUGAAGGAUUACUGUACUCGCCAAAUUACCCGGAAGGUUAUCCAAAUAAAAAUAGUGAAUGUGGAAGUGUUAUAAGUGCUGAAGAUAAUUGGGAUGUUGAAUUGAUACUUGAAGAUCUGAGCUUAGCUGAUGAACCUGAAAUUGAUAUCAAUGGAAAAUGUUUGGUUGAUAGAAUUGAUAUUUUGAAAAUGGGAAGUGGGGAAAUAUUUCAAACGAUUUGUGGAAGAGAGACCACUGAACAUGAGCAAACUAUUCGGGUAAAAGGAUCUGUUGGUGUGAGAUUGAUUACGGUGAAAUCAGAAAACGGCAAGAAAUAUCAUGGAGGAUAUAGAAUUGCUUAUAGAAAAUAUGGUGAGUUGCAAAAAAUUUUUUUUUGAAUUUUAAUAUUUUCUGCAUUUUGAGAUUCGAAAGGCUCCUGAAGCCUACUGAAGCCUUCUUAAGCCUUCUGAAGCCUUCAAAAACCUUCUGAAGUCCUCUGAAGCCCCCAAAAGCCUUCUGAAGCCUCCAUAAGCCUUAUAAAGCUGCCCGAAGCCUAUAAGAAUCUGCUAAAGCCUUCUGAAGCCUUCUGAAGCCUUUUAAAGUUACCAGAAGUCUUCUGAAAAAUUCAAAUUCCUUCUAAAACCACCGAGACGUUUCUGAAACCCUAAAAUGGUUUCUAGUGUCUCCAAAAACCUCCCAAAUCUUUUCAAGCCCUUUCGAAGUUGUCAGAAGUUCUUCUGAAUUAUUCGAAUCGCUUCUGAAGCCUCAAAAAAUUUUCCGGAGCCUCCAAAAAGCAUUCAAUAGCCUUCUGAAGACUUCAAGAAGCUUCUGAAUUCUUCUGAAGCUUUUUCAAGCAUCCCAAAGCGUUCUAAACACGUCAAGAAGUUUCUGAAGACUUCUGAAGAAUUCUAAAACCACCAAGAUUCUUCUGAAGCCUUUAGAAGCUUCCAAAAUCAUUUGUAAAUUUUCUGAAGCCUUCUGAAAUUUUCCAAAACCUUCAAAAUGCAAAAAAAAACUGUUUCACUUUCGGAAUUGAUCCCAAAAAAAAUUUUCAGAUUUUCUAAUUUUUCAGGUUGCGGAGGACCAGUAAUUCUCCACAAAGGCAACAACUUCAGAUAUGGAUAUACACCAAGUGAAAACUGUAGUUGGAAUAUAUCAACCAAUCGAAAUCGAGAAAUGCAUUAUGAAUUUUCUUUCAAAACUAAUGAGAAACUAAAUUGCGAUGAGAACAAACUAGAAGUCAUUGAUCUUUCAACAAAUUCAACAAAAUCAUAUUGCUCAAUAAAUAAAAAAAUAAUCACCCAGAUAUCAUCAAAUUCUUCAAAUAUUCUCUUCAAUUUUAAAUCUGCAAAACAAUUCGAUCUUGAUUUCCAAGUUUAUUCAACACCCAGAAAAGGUUGUAAUGAAAUACUAAAAGUUCGGGAUGAUUGGAAAAUUAUUAGUCCACUUUUGGAUAAAAAUGGUGAAUAUUUGAAUAAUCUACAUUGUCAUUGGGAAUUGGAAACAGAAAAAGGUUAUACAAUUGAAAUGCGAAUUGAUGAUUUGUCUCUUGAGCAACCUCACAUGGUUUAUUAUCAUAUUGAAUGUUAUGAUAGAUUGGAGAUUUCCGAUGGAUAUUCUUAUUCAAAGCCAAUUCUUUUUGAUUCUUGUAAAACGGAGAAUUCAACUUAUAAUGGUCAAGUUAUUCAAAGUUCGAUGAAUAUUGCUACUUUAUUUUUUGUGUCGGAUGAAGCUGGAAGUGAAAAAGGUUUCAAUAUUUCGUAUAGAAGACAUCCAGGUGAAAUUUUUGAGAUUUCGCAAUCAUUUUUUUGAAAAUAAUUUUCUUCCCUUUUUUCUAUGUCUUUGCAGGUGUGAAAGAAUGGAGAAAUAGUGUGAAAAGGAGGAGACAUUAGAGAAUUAAAUAUAUAUUAGAAUUUUUUCGACAGAUUUUUUGGUUACUGUAGUGAACAGAAUGAAACUAAAAUAGUUUUUGAUUUUUUUUUGAAACUUGAGUUUAAAUUUUCGUUUAUAGUUAAAGUAUAAUAUAAAAAUAAUUUUUUUUUUUUUGAAAAAAAAAUUAAAAAGGAAUCUGAGCAAGCAUUUUUGGAAUUUACGAAAAAAAAAUAAUUUUUUUGCACGAAAAAAUCAAUGAAAUUUCGAAUAAUAAUGUCUCCGAGUUCAAAAAAAUACGGUUGCUAAAAAAUGCGCAAUUUUCAGCCAGUUUCAUGCUGAAAUUCAAACUUCAAACUUAGCGUGAAAAAUUAUUUUUGAAAAAAAAUUGCGCGAGCCCCAGGGAUUGAACCUGAGCUGCAAGAGAGAUUAGAGCGAUUUUGGGAGGUGGAAGGUCGCAGGUUCGAGCCCCGGUUCAUGCGGAAAAGUUUUUGUGAAAUAUUUAAUGGCUUGAAAAUCCAGAUGUACAGUAGUUUCAAAAAAAAUGAGUAUUUCAAAAAAUAAAAUGAAAAAAAAUUUGAUUUUUUCUAAAAAAAACUGUAUAAAUUUUUACCCUCUUUCCAUUAAAAAGUAUUUUUCAGUCGCCUGUCCACCUGAAAACUUCAUCGCAAUCGAAACAGAAAAAUUCUACACUUACGAACACAAUCCAAAUAACACUGAUCAAAAAAGAUGUCAAAUCACAAUUGAGGGAGCAAAACCAGAGCCAAUCAUAAUUUCAUUCAUCGAAUUCAAUUUGGCAGACAAUGAUUGUAUGGAAAUUCGAGAUAUUGGAUUAAUCGAUAAUUGUAAUCAUCCAGGAUGUGCUCAACAUGAAAAUGAUCGAAAAAUAACAAAAUUGUGUGGAAAACAGAAUCCACAUAUUCAUAUUGCUAGAUCGAAUUCUGUUUUUAUUCAUAUUGUGAGCUCUUCGAAGGAUUCGAAAAUUAUAAUCAGUUAUCAGAUUUUUGAUAGUGAGUUUUUCAAAAUUUCAAAAUUUCACACAAUUUUUUUCAUUUUCUAGAAUGCAAUCGCUCAAUCGACACAAAAUCUUACAAAUCUGGCCGAAUCACAAGUCCAAAUUAUCCCAAAGAUUAUGAAGAUAAUAUGAAAUGCACCACAAAAUUCAGUGAUAGCACAGGUCAAGAAAACACUUCAAAAAUGCUCUUCAUCUUCCAGAAAUUCUCGCUAGACGAUUCAGAUUCUCUUAAAAUUUCGGAAUCUGAAAAAACUCUUGAAGGAAAAUCUCUUCCUCAUAAUAUUCUAACAAAUGGCGGGAAAUCGGUUACGGUAUGUACCUUGAAAUAUAUUUUUUUUGUGAAAAUAUAUUUUUUAUUUGCAGUUUGAAUUUUCGAGCGACGGAAGUUCACACCAGGGUGGAUUUGAUGCAACUUAUUUUAGUGUUGCUGAGCAGAAUGAGACAGUUAUCAGAUUUUCAGAAUCGAAUGAAUUAUCUGGAAUUGUUACGAAUAUGGAAUUUCCUAAUGCUUAUAAGGCAAAUUAUCAACAAAUGUAUGUUAAAGGCACAUGCAGAGUACGGUAGGGAAAUCCUGCAGAUCUGACUGUACAGGAAUCCAUGUUUGAAACUAUUUGUUCUUGAGUUUGAGCUGCAGGUUUUCUUACCGUAAUCAGCAUGUCCCUUUAAAAGUCUUUUAUUAUUAUUAUUUUUUUUCAGAUUCACCAUUCGACCUCCUAAAAAUCACUUCUGCGAAUUCAAAUUUGAAGAAUAUGACGUAGGAACAAAUUGCAAACUUCACCAGGACAAGUAUAAAAAUCUUCCUCAAAAUUUGCAAAUUAAUGAAACUGUUACUGUGAAUUUUUAUGGGAAAAACGCGGAGAGUUAUAUUUUACAUGCUUGUGUGAGUUUUUUUCAUGGGAAGUUAGCCCAACUCAAAAUUUUUUUACAGAAACAUCAUUAUAACCAUAGAAUGUACAGCCAAAAUGGGGGAGAUAGAUAUGCUGAAAUUAUUUUCAAAACAGAUGAAAAAUCUGAAAAUGAUGGACGAGGCUUUAAAAUUUCCUGGAAUUGUGAUAAUUUUAAAGGUGUUUGA